AUGGUAGGAGUUUAUUCGGUCGAAUUGGACGCUGAGAAAAACUUGUUUAAAAUAUCCGGAGAAGUUAAUCCAAACAUACUAUUAAAGGCGGUAUUGAGUACAGGCGAGCAUGCUGAGCUUGUUACGGUUAAAAUGAAGCACCCACAACUAAGACAAAGAACCUACAAUUAUGGUUCAUAUGGUCCCGCAAACGGUUAUCAUCUGCCUUAUUAUAGAGAUGCCGGUUAUAGCAAUAGGUCACUGGCUAACUAUCCUUAUUAUGAAACUAAUGGUCAUAAUUACUACCCUUAUAGCCUGCCACGUGACCCGCCCCUAAUUGACUACCCGUCUUCUUACAAUAACUAUUACACCACCACCAGUGACUACCAAUAUCCACCGCCACGGGCCACCUAUGUGCCGUCAUACCCACCGCAAGAAUAUGACCAGUAUGAUAAUUUUGAUAGCAUCAGCCCUUGCACUAUCGUGUGA